CUCACUAUUAAUCUUCCAUCUUCUUCUUCGCUUAUGGCCAACGAGGAGCCGAGACAUAGCACAAUUAGCUUCAGCGACGUCGAAAAACAAGAGAAUGAUCAGCUCGAGGUGGAGGUGGAAGUGGAGGUAGUUGACUAUGCCGUCCGGGCGCAGUGGCUCCGAGCGGCGGUGCUCGGCGCCAAUGACGGGCUGCUCUCAACGGCCUCCUUGAUGAUGGGAGUUGGCGCCGUGAGGACCGACAUGAAGACAAUGAUCCUGACCGGGAUUGCCGGCCUGGUCGCCGGGGCCUGCAGCAUGGCCAUCGGAGAGUUUGUCUCCGUCUACUCGCAACGGGACAUGGAGGUUGCUCAGAUGCAGAGGAAGGGAAACAAGGAGGGAGUGAAGAAGGAGAAGCUUCCGAGCCCGUUGAGGGCGGCGGCUGCUUCCGCGGUGGCGUUUGCGGCGGGAGCGGCGGUGCCGCUUCUGGGGGCGUCGUUUGUGAGGGAUUACAAGGUGAGGUUGGGAGUGGUGGUGAUGGUGGUGACUCUUGCCUUGUUAGGGUUUGGUGCUUUGGGUGCACUCUUGGGUAAGGCUCCUCCGGUGAAGUCAUCGGUUAGGGUUUUGCUUGGUGGGUGGCUGGCCAUGGGAAUCACUUUUGGCUUGACUAAGCUUUUUGGUUCCGUUGGAUUAUAGUGGUUUUCUCGGUUUAUUUUGUUGGGAUCAAUUUAUUUAUACGUGAUAGUGUUUAAAAAGAUGAAAAAAUAAUAAUAAUAAAGGAAAGAAAGAAAGAAAAGAAGGUUCGCCUAAUAGGGCACACUUUUUCUUUA